AUGCCCAUUCCAUACGCCGCCUCCGUUCCACACGCACGCCUCGACGCCUCUUUGCACCUGUAUCGUGUUUACAUACAGUCCCGCUUGGUUAUGGCUCUUUGGGCAAUGAACGCAGAUGAUGAGCCAUCCGAGCUUUAUUGGCCGUGUACUGUAGCUGCGCAGAGGAUGGCCGAAACAAUGCGGCACCAUGCGCAGACCCAGACACCGCAUGCACCGGCAAGCUUUGUCGAGAUGCACCGUCGCUCGCAACAGCUGCACCUGCUGCACCUGCUGCACCGGCUGCACGCUGCGUUCGCUUCGACGAUCCUUCAAUCUACCUUGCAGGCCUUGCGCUCGUUCCUCCUUCCUCCCGUUGCCGUGGCCGUCGUUCCCCCCUGUUGGCGCCCGUUGGCGCAACUGACCCCUGCCGUCCCUCCUGCCCGCCAACGGCAUGGCCCAAAUCUCGACGCCCGCGCACACACCGCCUUCCACGAGCGAAGGGCUUCGAUGUCUGUGUGCGCAUUUUCACUCUCCGCUGCCGCUCAGCUGCCUGUCAAGUUUGCCCUGCAACAGACCCCUUCCCCCCCCUUGCCGUCUCCGCAGCACCGCCUCAGCCCUGGCUUGACUUGA